GCUCCCUUGGCUCCCCCAGCCUCACUCCCUGCCCCUUUCCCAGACCGCCACGGCCUGAAGGAACCGAAACGUGUGGAGGAGCUGCAGAACCGAAUCGUGGGCUGCCUGAAGGACCACGUGGCCGCGGGGGAGCCAGGCCGGCCGGGCUGCCUGUCCAAACUGCUGGGCAAACUGCCUGAGCUGCGCACGCUGUGCACGCAGGGCCUGCAGCGCAUCUUCUACCUGAAGCUGGAGGACCUGGUGCCGCCGCCGCCCAUCGUGGAUAAAAUCUUCAUGGACACGCUGCCCUUCUGAGGGCUCCUGCUGGGGACGCCCCAUGGGGAUGCCUUGCUGGGGAUGCUGCCGCCCCACCGGGGAUGGACGGCCCUUGGGGUCAGACCCCAUGGGGAUGCUCCAGGUCAUGUCCUAUGGGGAGACACAUGGGGACGGUGCCAGCCCCUGGGGUCACACUCUGCAGGGACACCCAGGUACCCCAUGGGGACAAUGGCAGCCCCCAGAUCGCUCCCCUUGCAUCCUAGGGGGGACAGUGCCAGCCCCCCUGGGUCACAUCCCAUUGGUGGCACCCAGGGUCACAUCCCAUGUGGACAUCUGGGUACCCCAUGGGGACAGUGCCAGCCCCCUGGGUCACACUCCAUAGGGACACCUGGGUAUCCCAUGGGACACGUGGGUACUCCAUGGGGACAAUGCCAGCCCCUGGGGUCACCGCCCCACUGGGGACGAUGACGGCCCUUGGGGUCAGACCCCAUGGGGAUGCUCCAAGUCAUGUCCUAUGGGGAGACCCAUGGGGACGGUGCCAGCCCCUGGGGUCACGCUCCAUAGGGACACCCAGGUACCACAUGGGGACAAUGGCAGCCCCCAGAUCACUCCCCAUGGGGACAUCCAGGCAUCCUAGGGGGGACAGUGCCAGCCCCCCUGGGUCACAUCCCAUGGGGACACCCGCGUACCCCACGGGGACAAUGCCAGCCCCUGGGGUCACACUCCAUAGGGACACCUUGGUAACCCCUGGGGACAUCUGGACACCCCAGUGGGGACAAUGCCAGUCCCCACAGUCACUCCCCAUUGGGAUCAAUGCCGGCUCUUGGGGUCACACUCCAUUGGGGACACCUGGGUACCCCACUGGGGCCAGCGCCAGCCUCCAGUGUCACAACCCACGGGGACAAUACCAGCCCUAUGGGGACAUGCAGGUGCCCCAUGGAGACACCCAGGCACCCUGCUGGGGACACUGCCGGCCCCUGGGGUCACGCUCCAUGGGGACCCCCUGGGGACACCUGGACACCCCUGGGGGGUCAAUGCCAAUCCUUGGGGUCAGACCCCAUGGGGACACCCAGGUACCCCACUGGGGCCACUGCCAA